AUGACGCACAACGCUUUCAGAGGUCAACAUUGCCCGCUUGGUUAUUUCUGUCAUCGUAUUGGCAUGGAUUCACCGACGAUCGGCUACUGCUGCCUUGGCAAUGAGUCCUCUGAAUCAUCCGAACAGCAAUGUCCAGCCGUGAUGUCCAAAGCUCAAUCGGAACCAUCAAAGUGUUCGCUGGAGUGUCGUCAAAAUACUGAAUGUCGAAACGGAAUCUGUUGUUUCAAUGGCUGUGCAGUGAACGGUAACAAAACUGAACGAUUGGGAGUUUGUCCUGCAGAAAUGUCCAGAAUCAGUGAAUGCGACAAUGAAUGCCACAACGACAAUGAUUGCCCACAGUUUCAAAAAUGUUGCGUAACGCAAUGCGGACAUUCUUGUCUAUUCCCUCAUGUGGCUACUGGUAGGGAAUUUUUGAUGUUGAAACGAUUUUUCAUGCGAACAUCGUGGUUUGAACUGAAAAAGGAUUGA